GUACUUCAAAGCCUGAACCGAUGGAUCUAUCCAUUGUAACUCCUUGCUUGGUAUAUAAUGUUGACGACUGUGCAAAGACAAUGGCAUAUGCUAAACAUGUCACCCAUAUUGGAAACAGCCUCAGAACUGCCUUUGCCUCUUCAACUUCACUGAUGCUACAUACCUUCCCAUCUUCCUUUGAACCAUCCGGUGCAAGCAAAGCUUUGUUAAGAAACCUGUAA